GCGCCGGGCGACCCUUGGGGCGCGCUGGACUCGAGAGGUGGCGGCCGGCUAUGGGGAGGCAACCCGGUCCAACUGGGGUAUGAGUUGUAGGUCUGGCUCCAUCUCUCCAACAUCAGCAGGAACCCCUGAGCCUAGGCCCAGACGGCCUGGGUUCCAUGGGCCCUAAGUCCGCGCUGAGCUGCAGCUGCCGAGCCAGGGCAUCGAGGGCUGGAGUGGAGCAGACACUGUCCAUGGAGCUGGUGGACAAGGUGGACAGGGGGUGGUGGUAAUGGCGCAGUUCGACACUGAAUACCAGCGCCUAGAGGCUUCCUACAGCGAUUCACCCCCUGGAGAGGAAGAUCUGUUGGUGCACGUCCCUGAGGGGAGCAAGUCACCUUGGCACCACAUCGAAAACCUUGACCUCUUCUUCUCUCGAGUUUAUAAUCUACAUCAGAAGAAUGGCUUCACUUGUAUGCUCAUCGGGGAAAUCUUUGAGCUCAUGCAGUUCCUCUUUGUGGUCGCCUUCACCACCUUCCUGGUUAGCUGUGUGGACUACGACAUCCUAUUUGCCAACAAGAUGGUGAACCACAGCCUUCACCCUACUGAGCCUGUUAAGGUCACUUUGCCAGAUGCCUUUUUACCUGCCCAAGUCUGUAGCGCCAGGAUUCAAGAAAAUGGCUCUCUUAUCACCAUCCUGGUCAUCGCUGGUGUCUUCUGGAUCCACCGGCUCAUCAAGUUCAUCUAUAACAUUUGCUGCUACUGGGAGAUCCACUCCUUCUACCUGCAUGCUCUGCGCAUCCCCAUGUCUGCCCUUCCCUACUGCACAUGGCAGGAAGUGCAGGCCCGAAUUGUCCAGACCCAGAAAGAGCACCAGAUCUGCAUUCACAAGCGCGAGCUGACAGAGCUGGACAUCUACCACCGCAUCCUCCGCUUCCAGAACUACAUGGUGGCCUUGGUCAACAAAUCCCUCCUGCCCCUGCGCUUCCGCCUGCCCGGCCUUGGGGAGGCUGUCUUCUUCACCCGUGGCCUCAAGUACAACUUCGAGCUGAUCCUCUUCUGGGGCCCCGGCUCUCUGUUUCUCAAUGAGUGGAGCCUCAAGGCCGAGUACAAACGCGGGGGGCAACGGCUGGAGCUGGCCCAGCGCCUCAGCAACCGCAUCCUGUGGAUUGGCAUUGCUAACUUCUUGCUGUGCCCCCUCAUCCUCAUCUGGCAGAUCCUCUACGCCUUCUUCAGCUACGCCGAGGUGCUGAAGCGGGAGCCGGGGGCCCUGGGAGCGCGCUGCUGGUCACUCUAUGGCCGCUGCUACCUCCGCCACUUCAACGAGCUGGAGCACGAGCUGCAGUCCCGCCUCAGUCGCGGCUACAAGCCCGCCUCCAAGUACAUGAAUUGCUUCUUAUCGCCUCUGCUGACGCUGCUGGCCAAGAAUGGUGCCUUCUUCGCCGGCUCCAUCCUGGCUGUGCUCAUCGCUCUCACCAUCUAUGAUGAAGAUGUGUUGGCUGUGGAACACGUGCUCACCACAGUCACACUCCUGGGGGUCACUGUGACUGUGUGCAGGUCCUUUAUCCCGGACCAGCACAUGGUGUUCUGCCCUGAGCAGCUGCUCCGCGUGAUCCUCGCUCACAUCCACUACAUGCCUGACCACUGGCAGGGUAAUGCCCACCGCUCGCAGACCCGGGACGAGUUUGCCCAGCUCUUCCAGUACAAGGCAGUGUUCAUCUUGGAGGAGUUGCUGAGCCCCAUUGUGACACCGCUCAUCCUCAUCUUCUGCCUGCGCCCGCGAGCUCUGGAGAUUAUAGACUUCUUCCGUAAUUUCACCGUGGAGGUCGUUGGCGUUGGAGAUACCUGCUCCUUUGCGCAGAUGGAUGUUCGCCAGCACGGACAUCCACAGUGGCUCUCCGGCGGGCAGACAGAGGCCUCGGUGUACCAGCAAGCCGAGGACGGGAAGACGGAGCUGUCACUCAUGCACUUUGCGAUCACCAACCCUGGCUGGCAGCCACCACGGGAGAGCACGGCCUUCCUAGGCUUCCUCAAGGAGCAGGUUCAGCGGGAUGGAGCAGCUGCUAACCUCGCCCAAGGGGGUCUGCUCCCUGAAAACGCCCUUUUUACAUCUAUCCAAUCUUUGCAGUCUGAGUCCGAGCCACUGAGCCUUAUUGCAAAUGUGGUAGCUGGCUCAUCCUGCCGGGGCCCCCCACUGCCCAGAGACCUCCAGGCCUCCAGGCACAGGGCUGAAGUUGCCUCUGCCCUGCGCUCCUUCUCGCCCCUGCAACCUGGUCAGGUUCCCACAGGCCGGGCUCCCAACACUAUGACAGGCUCUGGAGUGGACGCCAGGACGGCCAGCUCCGGAAGCAGUGUGUGGGAAGGACAGCUGCAGAGCCUGGUGCUGUCAGAGUACGCAUCCACCGAGAUGAGCCUGCACGCGCUCUACAUGCACCAGCUCCACAAGCAGCAGGCGCAGGCCGAACCCGAGCGGCACGUCUGGCACCGUCGGGAGAGUGAUGAGAGUGGGGAGAGUGCGCCUGAAGAAGGGGGAGAGGGCGGCCGGGCCUCUCAGCUGAUCCCCCGCUCUGCCAGCUACCCCUGCGCUGCAUCCCGGCCUGGAGCACCUGAGACUACUGCCCUCCAGGGGGGUUUCCAGAGGCGCUAUGGGGGCAUCACAGACCCCGGCACAGUGCCUCGAGCUCCCUCUCACUUUUCUCGGCUGCCCCUUGGAGGGUGGGCUGAAGACGGGCAGUCGGCAUCAAGACACCCAGAGCCCGUGCCCGAGGAGGGCUCGGAGGAUGAGCUUCCUCCCCAGGUGCACAAGGUAUAGACAAGGCUGAUGAGGGUCCCUCUGCCCCAGGAUGGUGGCCACCGUUGCCCGCCAUCCCGUCCACCCACCAUGGAGGGCUCCUCUGAGUGCUGCCUAGCUCCACGCGUGUGGUGUUUGUGUGUCCGUGCCUGGCCAAGGGAGGUGCCAACACUGGGCUUGCCACAGCCCCAGGAGAGAAACUGGGGGCCUGGAACCAGGGCACACAGGACUCUAGCCUCACCUCCAGGACCCCCCCCUUGGCUCAGAGUGUGGUGCUAGAAACUGGCCCCCGGCCCAGCCCCAGUACUGCCACCUCUGCACCCACCCUGCAGAUCUACCGAGGACUGUCUGCCACAGAAGCUGCCAAGCAGGGAGAGUCUGUGCCAACUGUGGAGUGGGGAGGUUGGGCCUGGACCCUCAAGCUCUGCAGUGCCCUCCCCCCACCCUGAACGGAUGAGCAGCUCAGGCUGCGGCCCUUACCUCACCCUCAUUCUCUCCCAGCGCUGCAGCCUGCUCUCCUCUCUCCUGCUUCCCCGCACAUCACUGGCAUGUGUGUUCGCUUGCUCCGUUCUGUUCAGCUUUUGCUUUGCGUUGGCGUGUCGCCCCCCAGCUCCCUUCGUGCUAUUUUUUGACACUAAGAAGGAAGGUUUCAAAAUUGCGGGAACAGAAUGGAAGUCUUUUGCUGCCCUUUCCAACUUGUAGGGUAGGAUCGGCCCCUGGAACGAACGGAGGCCUCCUUGCCCCCCAAUGCUGCUUAUUGUACCUCCAACCACUGCACAUGGGAUGGACAGGGCUGGAAUGUGCCCUCUGCUGUCUACCUCCCAGUAGGAGAGCUCUGGCUGGCAUCCCGCUGUCCCCUAGUGGGGGAUGGAGGGGCAACUGGACGGUUUCGCCCUGGGCUUUGGGCUGCCGCGUUGCAUGCUGGGACCCAGCUCCUACCCUCCGCCUCACCCCUCACCCAACUCUGGUCCUUAGCGGUGAGUGGAGAACGGGCGCUGCCACGGAAGUCACAGCGGAGCGGGGUGGGGGCCGUGUACAGCUUGAUAACCCUUAAUAAAGAAGGGACUUUGACCUGGU